AUGACCGGUGUUACUAGUAGUGAUUGUACUAGUAAUGAAAAGGGAAAAGGUGUGGCUCAUGCUUUACCUGUGGCAAUCCCUGCUUCCUCCUCUCAUGGAGAGAAACCUGAGAAGUUCAAUGGAACUGAUUUCAAGAGGUGGCAACAAAAGAUGCUGUUCUAUUUUACCACACUCAAUUUGGCCAAGUUCUUGAAGGAAGAUGCUCCUGCUACUAGUACUACUACAGAAGUGGUUGCUGCUACAGAUGCAUGGUAUCACUCGGACUUCCUUUGCAAGAACUAUAUCCUCAAUGGAUUGGACAAUACUUUGUACAAUGUAUACAGUCCAAUCAAAACUGCCAAGGCCCUGUGGGAGUCACUUGACAAGAAAUAUAAGACCGAAGAUGCUGGCAUGAAGAAAUUCGUGGUUGGUCGAUUUCUUGAUUUCAAGAUGGUGGACUCCAAGACAGUCAUCAAUCAAGUCCAAGAACUUCAAGUUAUUAUGCAUGAGAUUGAGGUAGAAAACAUGGUUCUAAGUGAGACUUUCCAAGUGGCUGCAAUCAUUGAAAAAUUGCCACCAUCCUGGAAAGAUUUUAAGAAUUAUCUCAAGCAUAAGCGCAAAGAGAUGAGACUUGAAGAUCUAAUCGUGAGGCUAAGGAUUGAGGAAGACAACCAUGGCUCUGAAAAGAAAACCGGUGGUAACUCCAUGGUGGCUAAAGCACAUGUAGUGGAGGAUAGGCCAAAGAACAAGAAAAAGAGGAAACACUCAGGAGAAGGCUCUAGCCAAAGGAACUCAAAGAAGAACAAAGGGUUCAAGGGCAAAUGCUUUAACUGCAACAAGCAUGGUCAUAGAGAGGCAAACUGUCAAAGCAAGGGAAAAAGCACAGAAGUUCACAUGACCAAGGAGGAGAAAUUGUCCAAUAAGAUAUUUGAUAUUAACCUCUUGUCCGUAAUCUAUGAAGUGAACCUAGUAAGCAAUACUGAGGAAUGGUGGGUGGAUACUGGAGCUACACGCCACAUCUGCUCUGAUAGGAAGAUGUUUACUACCUAUCAACAACUGAACCAAGGGGAACAACUAUUCAUGGGAAACUCAUCAGCUUCCAAGGUUGAAGGACAAGGAAAGGUGGUUUUGAAGAUGACUUCUAGCAAGGAAGUCACCCUAAAUCAAGUACUUCAUGUGCCUGACAUUUGA